AUGACCAAAGACAACCACUCCUUGAUUAUAGAAUUCAUCCUCAUAGGAUUCACAGACAACCCAGACCAGAAGACCCUUCUGUUUAUCCUCUUCUUUGUGAUCUACCUCAUCAGAAUGGUGGGGAAUCUAGGUUUGGUCUCCUUGAUUUACACGGAGCGUCAUCUUCACACACCAAUGUACAUCUUUCUGGGAAACCUGGCUCUGAUGGACCUUUUGUUCUGUACCAUCACUCCUAAGAUGUUAGAGAACUUUUUUCUCGGGACAGAAAGAUUUCUCUCUGAGGGCAUGGCACAGUUUUAUUUUCUCUGUGUUGCUGAAACUGCAGACUGCUUUCUUCUGGCAGCAAUGGCCUAUGACCGCUAUGUGGUCAUAUGCAGCCCUCUGCAGUACCACAGCAGGAUGUCAAAGAAACUUGGCAUUCUGUAGAUCAGAGCCUACAUAACAGGAAACCUCUAUCCUAUGAUUGAAGUAGGAUUUUUAUUUAGCUUUAGUUUCAGUGGGUCUCACCAAGUCAACCAUUUUUUCUGGGAUGUCCUUCCAUUAUACAGACUCUCCUGUGUUGACCUUUCUAUCAAUGAAAUGAUAUUGUAUAUCCUGACAGGCUCCAUUCAAAUAUUUACCAUUGCCAUAAUCUUAAUUUCUUACUUCUAUACACUUUUCACUAUAUUCAGAAUGAAAUCUAAAGAAGGAAGAGGCAAAACCUUACCUAUCUGGGCUUCUCAUUUUCUGUCUGUGUCAAUCUCCUAUGGUUCCCUUCUUUUCAUGUAUGCUAGACCCAGUUCUGUUGAUGAAGGAGAUAAAGCUAUACCUGUUGCUAUAUUCUAUACAUUAGUUCCUUUAUUGAAUCCUUUUAUUUAUAGUCUCAGAAGCAAGGAAGUAGUAAAUAUCAUGAAAGCAGUUAUGAAAAAGAAAAUAUAA